CGCACUUCUCUCUCUCUCCCUCAAAUUCCCUGCGUGCGGUACUCCUCCAGCUCGCCGAGCGGCUCCUCCCACGGCGUCGUUCUGCGUCCUUGGUUCUCCUCGUCGGCGUACCUCCCUGAGCGCUCCCUCCUCCCUUGUUUCCCUGGCGCAUGGACUUCUCUUUACCCCAGUUCCUUGCCAUGGCGCACCCGAAGCUUCCUUCUGCUUCCUACCCGGCGUCCAGCCCAGCUGAAGCUCCCCUGCCGCGCCUGGCUUGCCGCGAUGCUCCUUGGCGCUCUCCUGUCUGCUCGCGACGCACGCCCAGCGCCUCGUCAAGCUUCUCCAUGUCGGCGUCCCUGCUUCCGUACUGGCCGGCGAGUGGUCUCGAGCUCUCAUGGCGCUCGGACUUCUGCUCGGGUUCAGGCUCACUGCGCGUGAGCCUCUGCGCGCCCUGUCUCUCUCCCUUCGCGUGCGCUGCUCCCUGUUGGCCUGCGCAGUUUCUCGGUUGCCACGCCGGAUUUCUUCCUCGGUGCCCAGCUCGGAUUUUCCUAUCCCUCCAUGGCCGGUCGAUCCUACCCAUUUCCCUGGCCCCGCGCGAUCCUCUGCCCCCUGCGCGCAGCCGGUUUCUCUGUUCGCCGUGGAGCCCUGCGGGCCCAGCCGUUGAAGCUUCCAGCCCAGCCGUGCUCGGCUUCCCUGCUCCAGCUCGAUCCUCCCAUGGCGAGCUCACGGGGAUGCCCCUUCCCCUACCGGCGUUUAGCCCCAACUGGAUCUCCCUGCGCGCGCUGCUGCUUUGCUGCUCGGCGCUCUCCGCUCGGAUUUAGCCCAGCCGCUCCCUGCUCGGUUCCGUCUGUCGCGUCGUCACCUUGCUGCUCGCCCGUCCGCGUGCCCCUUCGUCCAUGGUCGCCGUCCGCAGUCGAUCCCCUCACGCAGGCCACGAGCUCUCUAUUCGCCGUGGUCGAGCCGUUCUCAGUUGCUCGCCGUCAAAGCUCCGCUGUUGGCUGCGUCUGUAGUCAUUAAACGUGUCUGUUGCCGUGAACUCGCCCCUGGUACCCACUCUGUCUCUGGUCCGCGCUUCCUUCAGCUCGGCCAGGCGGGGCAUCGUUCCGUGCUGCGCUCGCCCAAGUCGCCGCCGUCAAAUCGUCGGAGUCGCUCGACUCGUCAAUCGCAUCUCAGCCGAUUGCCAAUUUUUUAUUCGCCAUGGUACAACACAGCUGUUAGAUCCGAUCUUCAAACCGUCAUGGCAUUUGUCGACCUCUGGUCCUAGCCCGAUCCAUCCGUGCACUCACUCCUUGUCCAUCGGGCUUCACGCGUGCUCGUGUUUGUCGUCGAGCUGUUGAACCCGUCCUCCUUGCUCGUAACUUCAUCGUCGCUAGAAUCCUCACUAGAUUCGUGUCCUCGCCAGCUCGUUCCAUAUUCAAUCUCGUCGUUGUUCCGCGCGUCAGCAAGAAAUCCCAAGAAUCGGGUGAAGACGAAGCUAGCAGCAUGGUAUUCACCAAGUGCGUGAUAGGAAGCUCGAGCCAGGAUUUAUCAGCAUUCGUACGAGAAUUGGGUCGCGUUUGAUGCUGGUGAGCCGAUUUAUAAUUUUUGUAAGUUUAUCUGAUGAUCGGAUUAACUAGAAUUAUUAGUCGU